AUGCGGAGAAAAAGGAAAGUGUCCUUACCCGAGGCUAAAACCAUCAUCGCUAAUGUGUACGACUUCCUCCAAGCCGAGUACGAGUACUUAAAUAGUUACACCGGAGACAGUUGUGACUUCAGCCCUUUAGCUAACAUCGUCAAGCGUACUGCUGCAGCCACGAGGGUCAGUGAAGCGACCGUUAAAGAGAUUUUAGAGGAAAGAAGCUCAGAGGAGUUUGCAUCAAGCAAACGCGCCAGAGUGACUCCCGACUUUAAGGACGAGGAUGUAAGUCCGAUCAAAGAAGAGUCAAGUGGUGAAAGCUCAGAUGAUGAUGAACAUGGUGACGGAGAAAGCGAAUCAACUAAAGCAUCGACUACUGAGGUACAAACUAUACCACCAAGGAAAAGGAAAAAGACAAAUGCACAAAGAUGUAGAGAAUAUCGUGAGAGAAAGAAAUUACAAAAUACAAUGGUACAAAACAUAACUGCAGAGAGAUCAGAUGAAUGUGGUGAGACUGAUCAAUUACCAGCCAGAAAACCUAAAACUGCUGCAGAAAGAAGAAAAAAACAUUAUGAAGCGCAGAAAUUAAAGAAACAAAAAAUUAAAAAAAUACCUAAAACUGCUAAACAAAGAAAUAAAGAAUAUUACUAUAGGAAAAAGAAAUUACAGGCUUUAAACACUUUAAAUCAUAAUUCAGAUGCUACCAUCGACAUAGAGGAACAUCCAAUAGAAACCUUGAAAGUGGAAAUGGACGAAAAUGAGGAAUACAACAGAGAAGCCAGCCACGGAAUUUCGUUUCAAACACAACCUCUAUCAACACAGCAGGUGUCUUCAAUUCAUCAGUCAUUACCACCAACGGCUCCAACACAUACCGAGGUCAAGCAAGAGCCUGUAGAUGAGGAAGAUCAUGAUACCAUCGACAUAGAGGAACAUCCAAUAGAAACCUUGAAAGUGGAAAUGGACGAAAAUGAGGAAUACAACAGAGAAGCCAGCCACGGAAUUUCGUUUCAAACACAACCUCUAUCAACACAGCAGGUGUCUUCAAUUCAUCAGUCAUUACCACCAACGGCUCCAACAGAUACCGAGGUCAAGCAAGAGCCUGUAGAUGAGGAAGAUCAUGAUACAAUGGAGCCAGAUGUACAAAUUCCUUCAACGUCCAGUACACCGAUGGAGACUGAUGAUAUCGUGCCACCAACGUCUGCCAUACCUUUCGCUGUGCCACACACACCCCAUAACGCCAAAGCGCAACGACAAAGUAUGUAUAGAAAACGUAAGGCCGCGGAAAGAACUCCUGCAGAGGCAGCAGAUUUUGCAAAAGCAGCCGCCGAAAGACAACGUAGAUGCAAGCAACGUAGACUCGCCAACUCAGCUCUUGACACCGGCACACUAGAGUCAGCCACAGUGUCUGCUCCUGUGGUAGUGGAAAGAACAGUUACUGCCCAGACCAGCGCUCAGCGACAACGUGCUUACAGACAGCGUAGAGCUGCUCAAAUUGUUUCACAAAUAAGUACUCCACCGACUCACACAGCAGUGCAACCGGAACAAUCAACCUGGAAUAUCAAAUGGUCGUCGUCAAUAAAGAGGUUUAAAACUACAUUUCUGGACAACGAAUUUGGCCACGCUUGCUCUGUUUGCGACCGAUUAUGGUUCAAGAAUGACCUUAAAAUCAUCACUGCUGCACAACUACAGGUCAUAUCGGAUUGGUUCGUUAAGGAAAAUAGGCAACUACGCGAGGAGGAUUAUACGCAUAUUUGCAACACCUGUAGAUUUUCGCUGAACAAACAUAAGCUUCCUACCCUUGCAAAAGUGAAUGGCUUCUCAUAUCCAGAAAUACCUCCUGGCUUACCGCCACUGGAUCCAAUUAGUGAACGAUUAAUCUCACCACGUCUGCCAUUCAUGCAAGUGCGUCGUCUGCGGCAUGACUUCUCUUAUGGAAUUAUUGGUCAAGUGAUCAACGUUCCAGUCAACGUAGAAGACAUGGUAAAAUGCUUGCCCCGGCAUUUAGAUGAGGACGACGUCAUUAAUGUCAACAUCAAACGGAAUCUCGCACACAAAACAAAUUACAUCAGUGGCUACAUGUCCAAAAGGACAAUCAAAGAAUGGUUGGAUGUACUUCAAAAUUCAAGUCUAUAUCGCUUGUACGAUAUCAAAGUAGAUUUGUCAAGGCUGCAAACUGUCGUGCCACCAGAGGAAGAUUUGCAGGAUGACUCGGCUCAUCGAAUCGAAACAAUCGCCGCCGAGUGUACUCCGGAGUCAGAAAUUCUUGCUUCCAGGCAGCAUACACUACUGUGGAACGAAGAGGAUUGCCUCGACAUCGCACCAGGACAUCGGGCCAUGCCUCUGAACAUCAUUUACGACCGUCAUGCUGAAGAACUAUCAUUUCCUGCAAUAUACUACGGCCAGCCUCGUCGCUUCCACAUGGGAGUUUCAGUGACACCUUACAUGAUGGCAACCAGUGAAUUACGACGAAGUGACAGACGCGGAGCCACGCCUCAAAAAGUCUUGUACGUUGCUAUGAAGAUUCUACGUCUCCGCAUGGUGGAUGGCAUUUACAGCACAUUUCGGAAUGUGUCAACCACGGAAAACGUUACUCGACGCAUGUUGGAGGACCCGGAAUUUCUUAAAGAAUUUGUCGUUCAAAAUCUUGCCUUCAUGAAGUGUCGCAAACGAGAUCUGUUUGCGAUGCUCCGUCAACUAGGUAAACCGACCAUAUUUCUCACUUUAAGUGCAAACGAAGUACGCUGGUUGAUAUUACUGAACUUACUCCUCAAAUUGAGUAACAAGUAUCCUGGAAAAGUUGCUGAAGAUCUAAACACGUCAGAGCGGUGCAACUUAGUGAGCGACGAUCCAGUUACGUGCUGCAUAUAUUUCCACAAACUCGUCGGUACAUUGAUGAAUAUGCUGAAGGCAAAACAAUCAUAUAAUCCAUUUGGCCAGUACUUUGUUAAAGAUUAUUUCUUUCGCAUUGAGUUCCAGCAUCGAGGAAGCCCCCACGCACACAUUUUGGUGUGGUUGAAUAAUGAUCCACACGAGGCCGUGUCAGAAAAUAUGCCAAUGACCAUCGAGCUCGUGGAGAAGCUGAGUUCUGUCGCCAAAGAAGAUAUGCCCAACGAGACCAUCUACGCCAAUCAAAUUCACAAGCACACUUUCACCUGCACGAAGCGAGGUGAGACGACUUGCAGAUUUGGGAUCCCGUACUGGCCAAUGCCUGCUACUCGAGUCUUGGUUCCAAUGCCUCAGACUGAUGGACGCCGGUCAACAUUCCAAAAAAAAUCCAAGGAGCUACGAACGUGUCUCAGCGAACGUACAUACCCUAGCAUGAAUGACUUUUUGAGGGAACAUGGUCUGACAUUUGAUGCAUAUCUUGAUAUAGUACGUUCAACCCUUCGCAGGCCAACUUUGUUGUUUAAACGUAACUUCGAUCAACUUAUGACAAACACGUUCAACCCUUACCUUGCUGGUCAAAUUAAUUCCAACAUCGAUAUUCAGUUUAUCUUAGAUGAAUACAGCUGCGCACAGUACGUCGUGGAAUACGUGAACAAAUCAGCUCGUGGAAUGGGUAACUUGAAUCGAGAGUUGACUAAAAUGAUGGAAGAACAUCCUGACCGCGAUUACACUGGUCAAUUAAAAGCAUUGAGUGUCAAACUUCUCAAUGCAGUUGAAAUGUCGGCGCAAGAAGCAGCAUGGUAUUUGUUACGACAGCCGAUGAGCGAAGCAAGCCGUCAAAUUGUGUACAUACCAACAGUGUGGCCCUCAGAGAGACAACAUUGCCGCAAACGUCGGAAACAAUUGGAUCGCGAAGGAAUCGCAGAGGACAGCACAGACGUGUGGACCAAAAACAUCAUUCAGCGGUAUGAAGAAAGACCUCCAUCUUUGCAAGAUGUAUAUUUGGCCGAGUUUGCGUCGUGGUAUGCUAACUCUCGUGAUUUCAUUGACAAUGAAGACGACUUGAACGUGCAUGAAGAUGACGAUCCUGAACCGCCGACUGGAGAAAGAACGACAUCGAGAGGAUAUCGCAAACGUCUGAUCGGUCGAAUCAUACGAUACAGAUGCUACGACAUAGAUGAAACUGUCAAUUAUCAACGUGAGAUGGUACUGCUGUACUUGCCCUUUCGCAACGAAGUCGCUGACAUUGUUGAUUGUAAUAAAUUUAUACAAUUAUUCAAUGACAACAAGGAAACUAUCAUGGAACGCAGAAAACUUUAUGAGAACAAUAUUGACAUCGACAAAGUGAUGCAAGAGCUAGAAGCAAUGAUGAUUUUGCAAAAUUCAGACACCACAGAACCAACGGAAACAGAGUCAAGAAGAGUGUUUGUAGAACAGCUGUUAGGAGGAGAGGGAGCUGAAAAUAACGAUGAUGUUAAUGAAAUCGUGCCGCAAAACGGAUUGUCAGUUGUAAAAAAAAUUGGUUGCCUGUAA